AUGGACAUAACAAAUUCAACAAAUAUUUUAGAUUCUAAGGAUCAGGUUUUAAAACUUGAAAAUUUACCUUUUGAAACUUCUCUAGAACUUGAGAAAGCCACUCAUGAAAUCUACGUGCCAAACUUUUCCAAAAAUGAAAAAAAUGAAGGUAAAACUGAAAUACACCUAUUUUUAAAUUAUUUAGCUAUCUUGUGGCCAAAGUCAAUUAAUGAUAAUUCGGCUGUAAACGAAAAUUUGAAUAAUGCUGAUGAUCCAACAAAUUGGUCUUCAAAAAAGAAAUUGUUAAUUUUGAGCAUCGUUACUAUCUGCGGAAUAUCGACACCUAUUGCGGGAACGAUACACUUUCCCGCUCUUGUUGUAAUACAAAAGGAUUUUAAUGUUUCCGUUUUAGUUAUAGAUGCUUUUGGUUCUGUAUUUACAUUUUUCUUAGGAGCAGGGCCAAUAGUUUGGGCCGCUUGUUCUGAUGAACUUGCAACAAGAAAAAAAGUAUAUGUCGCUUCUCUUCUGGUAUAUGUUGCAGCAUCGGUGGUGUGCGCACUCGCGACAAACAUUUGGUUGUUAAUAGCAAUGCGUGCCAUUCAAUCUUGUGGUAAUUCUUCUAUAUUGCCACUUAGUGCUGGAGUUAUAAGUGAUAUUUACGGUCCUCUUGAAAGAGGACGUGCAUUUGGAAUAUUUUACUUUGUUUUUUGGAUUGGACCCUUUCUAGCAACAAUUUUGGGUGGAUUCAUAGCUCAAUAUCUUGGUUGGCGUUGUAUUUUUUUGGAUAAUCCAAAUCUACGGUUUAAUCCAAUUGCUCCAUUAAAAUUAUUUAAAUAUCCAAAUAUCACUUUAAUUAUUACAUAUAUUUGUAUAUCAACUUUAUUAAUUCAUAUUCAAAAUAUUAGUAUUCCUAUAAACUUUUCUGCACGAUAUAAUUUUACAACUUCUGAAAUCGGUAUAUACUUUAUAGCACCUUCUUUUGGAUAUAUGUUUGGAAGUUUAUUUGGAGGAAAAUAUUCGGAUUUUUUAUCAAAAAAAGCAAUAUUGAUUUCUGGUGGUGAUUAUUGUCCGGAAGUAAGAAUAAAAAGUGCUUGGUUUAAUUCAUUAUUAAUUCCAAUAACUUGCUUCAUUUAUGGAUGGUUAUUAGACAUUAACUUUAACAUCUAUGUAUUGGGUUCGUUUGGAAUGUUAGGCGCAUUCAACACAUUGUCUACAUAUCUUGUCGAUGCAUGUCCUGGACGUGGUGCUUCAGUUAUGGCAUUAGUUAGUCUUAUUAGAUUUGGUGUACCUGGUGUUCUAACAAUUUUUGAAACUUCUAUUGAAGAAAGCUUGGGUGUUCGUUGGAUGUUUACGUUAAUAAGUAUAAUAUGUUUUCUUAGUAUUUCAUUAUUAAUUAUAGUAUAUAUUAAUGGAAAGAAAUGGAGAUCUAAAUUUGUUGUUACAACCUAA